AAAAAAUGUUAGAACAGCAACAAAAAUGUGCACAUUAGUUUGGUCCUUAACACGCACUUCCAGAAAAUUGCGGAUGAAAAUGCAAUCCCCUAGCUUAUCACUUUUGGGGUUUUUUUAUUACUUCUAAUGUAAAUUUGCCCACUCUUGCUCAAAAGGCUGUCCUGUUCAGCCAUUAAAGAUAAAAUAAGCCAUACUGUCUUUACUUCCAUUGGUGUUUGUCUUUUUAUUAGUUUAUGCUAUAAGAACCAUGACACAAGCAUGAAAUGAAUUUAUCUACAUUUUGAGUAAAUGUAUCUUUGUUUUAGCCAUGUCUGUGAACCUUAAGAAUAAUGCUUGUGAAUUGUAAAACAAUAAGGUCUUUAUUCUAUUCUAUUCUAUUCUAUUCUAUUCUAUUCUAUUCUAUUCUAUUCUAUUCUAUUCUAUUCUAUUCUAUUCUAUUCUAUUCUAUUCUAUUCUAUUCUAUUCUGCCCUUAAUCUAGUCAGUUGUACUAGAACAGGAAGACUUUUUACUUUGCAAUCUGCAAUCAUCUGGGCCUUUCAUGGGUUUUAAAGGGGGUCAGAAAGAGACAGCAGGGGAGGAAAGGAGAGUCAUGCGUGGAUAGAUGGGUUGGAAGGAGCAGCAAGCUGUGACUCUUGGACAUGUUCUGGUGGGUGCGCUGAACCCCGGAGGCUGCAGCCACACUCGGCUCUUUGUUGUUUUCGUUCUGCACAGCCAGGCACGGUACUUUCCUGAGCCGGGGAGGAGGAUUAGCGUUGCAUGGCCUCCAUCCCCAGCUGCACACAUGACCAGCGCUGCAGGAAAGCCCCGCAUGAUGGCCCAAAAAGAGCUGUCCCUUUCCCCUUGAGCCACCGCCUUACAAUGAAGGAAGUGUUCGACUGUGAAGGCAAACCUCGCGUAGAUCUGCUGAAGGCUCACCUGACCAAGGAGGGCCGUGUGGAGGAAGCUGUCGCGCUUCGAAUCAUCAAUGAGGGAGCAGCCAUCCUCCGUCAGGAGAAAACUAUUCUCGACAUUGAGGCACCAGUCACAGUCUGUGGGGACAUCCACGGUCAAUUCUUUGAUCUUAUGAAGUUGUUUGAAGUGGGAGGAUCGCCAGCCACAACACGGUACCUGUUCCUUGGGGACUAUGUUGACCGUGGCUACUUCAGUAUUGAGUGUGUUUUAUACCUUUGGUCGCUGAAAAUCCUCUAUCCAAAGACACUAUUUUUACUUCGUGGAAACCAUGAAUGUAGACAUUUGACAGAAUAUUUCACCUUCAAACAAGAAUGUAAAAUCAAGUACUCAGAGCAGGUGUAUGACUCAUGUAUGGAUGCGUUUGACUGCCUUCCUUUGGCUGCACUCAUGAACCAGCAGUUUUUGUGUGUCCACGGAGGACUCUCACCUGAAAUACACACCUUAGAUGACAUUAAAAAGUUGGAUCGGUUCAAAGAGCCGCCAGCGUUUGGGCCCAUGUGUGACCUGCUCUGGUCUGAUCCUCUGGAAGACUUUGGAAAUGAGAAAACCCAGGAAUACUUCAGCCACAACACAGUGCGAGGUUGCUCCUACUUCUACAGUUAUCCAGCUGUAUGUGAGUUCCUACAGAGCAAUAACCUAUUAUCAAUUAUCCGAGCACAUGAAGCACAAGAUGCUGGUUACCGGAUGUACCGUAAAAGUCAGACAACUGGAUUCCCAUCCCUCAUAACCAUCUUCUCUGCGCCAAAUUACCUGGAUGUUUACAACAAUAAAGCUGCUGUACUGAAAUAUGAAAAUAACGUCAUGAACAUUCGACAGUUCAACUGCUCGCCACACCCCUACUGGCUGCCCAACUUCAUGGACGUCUUUACUUGGUCCCUGCCAUUUGUUGGAGAAAAAGUCACUGAAAUGUUGGUGAAUGUGUUAAGCAUCUGCUCUGAUGAUGAACUCAUGAAUGAUGAAGAUGAGAUAUUUGAUGCCAAUGCAGCCGCGGCUCGCAAAGAGGUGAUCAGAAACAAGAUCCGUGCUAUUGGAAAAAUGGCCAAAAUGUUCUCAGUUCUCAGAGAGGAGAGUGAAAAUGUGUUGACGCUUAAGGGCCUGACGCCCACUGGCAUGUUGCCAAGUGGGGUUCUCUCUGGAGGCAGACAGACACUGCAGAGUGCCACCAUUGAAGCCAUUGAAGCCAUCGAGACGCAUGAUGAAGACAGAGAAGCUAUUCGUGGGUUCUCCCCCCAGCACAAGAUCACCAGCUUCGAGGAGGCUAAGGGCUUAGACCGCAUCAAUGAGCGCAUGCCACCUCGCAAGGAUGGGGUGAACCACGUGGGGCACUCCAUGGGCAAGAUGAAUAUGUCGGAGGCAAACGGCACAGAAGACAACAGCAACAUCCAGUAAUGUGUUGUCUGAGCCACGGAAACUGUGCCGCUGUUGCAGUCAUGCAGGAAGACUUUGCUUAAUGGGAAAUCCAGGCCUCAGAACACAGAAAUCAAACAGGCCUACCGCUAGAACAUGAAACCUGCAGCAAAUCUAAACACUGGGCGAAAAGGUCAUUUAUUUCAUGACGGCAUGUCAUUGCACUGUUAGGGGGUGGGGGGAGCUGGGGUUCACAGCAAAGGGGCAGGGAUACAGAGAGACCCACAAGCUGCAGCAAAGAAGUGCUUUUGGAAGUUGUGUCCGACUGUAGUUCCCUUUCUCAAUUCGAUUACAGACUGAAUUGUUGGGAGUCAUUUUGCUGCAAGUGCUGACACACGUGUGCUCCUUCAUUGCAGGGCCUGACAGACGACAUGAGUGCAGUAUCCAUAUCACAUAAUGUUUUAUAAAAUAUUUAUUAUGAAUCACUCACAAAUGCACAUCAAAAGGAGAAUUAUCUACUUUAUGUUAUUGUUUUUGCUAGUAUUAGGUCACGUCACUUUGGGAGACACAACACGGAAAGGAAAAAGAGAAUAUGUAAAUGUGUGUACCUCUUCGAACUCUGCAGCACGCCAUCUUAUCGGUGAACUUAAAUUUAUUGAUUUACCUUGUUGUAAGAUGCUGCCAACCUGCAGGGGAAAAAAGAAGACGGGGUUCUCACAUCACGGACAAAUCCACUGCAGACCCAGAUCCACCUUGGAUAUGUCUUAGUAACCUCCGGCAUUUCCUCGUUCCUUCUCUCCUCGAAAUCUACCACCUUACAGGAUCACAGAACCUGGAGGAAAAGGAGAGAUGAUUUAGAAGACGCAGUCCCACUGUUUGCUGAUGCUACCUCAGCACCCCAGAUUAAACACAGAGAUUUGACUUUGAAAUAUAUCAUUUACUCCUUUUAAUCUCAGUCUUAUGGUGUUUCACGUCUCUUCCAAAAGAGCAUUGUACGUAGGCAUGGGCUGGCUUGAGCUUCUCACAAUAUUAACACAAAGAUUUGAAGCAAUAAUGUGUAAUUUAAUCAAACAACCCUAAUUUCAAAAAAUAGAAUAAAUGAAAUAUAAUUUAAUUGGUAUAUUUGGCCGGGACACUGAUGUAAAUGUAUCAGAGUUAUCUGAAAGGUCAUUUUUAUCUGUAGUCCUGGCAAGUCAGCAAAUGCAACGAAUAUCCCUACUGCUGCUGAAAUAAUAAGUUGUUUAAUAUUUUUUAUCACUUUUCUGCUAUAUUUACUUUGAUUCUUAGAAGUAAGGAAAACUAUAGACUAGAAAAACUGAAUUUAGUGACAGCCUACUUUGUAAGUGCUUAUUGCACAGAAUUAUGUUUUUGAGUAACAGCAGUAUAAAAAGUAAAUAUCAGCUGAUUAGUUUGUAAUGCUGCGGCCUCCUGCUUUACAGUAUGUUGUUAGCAAUGAGAAAACCAUCUCUUUUACUAAAUAUUCCCAAAUUGCCCAACUUGAUAUCUUGUAUACAAAAUGUAUUAAUCUAUUAAUCUCACUUCAAACUAUCCCACCGGUGUGAUGGAAAAUUUAAUCAGUUUUAAAGUCAUCAUUUUUUGGAUGCAUGACAUAACUUAAUAGACAUAACCAGCCCAUGCCUAACUUCACAUCAGAACAGCUUCAUGUUAAAAACCAAUUUCACCUUACAAAUUCAUAAAAAAAAAUCAUAGUUUAUUUCAGGAUAUUUACGCUUCAUUUCUGUCUAACAAUAACCUUUCUUCCCUUCGGCAUUGACGCAGCUUUCAGAGGGGAAAAAAAGUCACAUUGAAUGUUAAGACAUACCUUGGUUUCAAGUUAUUAAUGAACUGUUAUUUAUUUCCUGCUUCUUGCUAAAGAAAUAGCAAGAAUACAAACAGUGACUUCAGCAUACAUCAGUAUCCUGCAAAUUUUUUUGCAUCUUUUGCUUUUCCAAAAUAUUCUUGGAUUUUUAUGCUUGCAAAAUGUGACAAGGAAGGAAGUUCUAGACGUUCAGCAGGUAUUGUUAUGUUUCAGUUAAUCAUAAACAGCAUCCGUACUGGUGUUCUUAGGAUUUCACAGCCUUUGAUUAAUUAUAAUGGGAUGAGGGUAAAGGCCAUGCUAACAAACUACAUUUGCUUUGGAAAAUCUUCAACCCAGCACUGAUUUAUUCAAGCUCAGGCACUUCUUUGAAAUUUAGAUUCUGUGGUUUCCGACAUUUUCACCACUUUCUGACCUGGUGUAGAUAUUACAGCAGUUUGUUUGGAAUCCCAUAGCCUUUGUAGACUCAGAUUUUAUUUUAUUUUUUUCAAAAAUAGAGAAAAAAAUGAGAAAAGAUCAUUUUAAAACUGUAUAUCUGAAGUAGUCUAGAAAGACUUUAAAGAAUAAGUCUAUGGCAGAAUGCCUUUUCGUUUUGCAAAGAUGUACCGUUGAACCAGUAUAGCUAAUCUGUAAUACUUUCUUUAUGAAAAAAGGAACAACAGGCCAACAUUGAUAAUUUAAUCUUGUAUUCAACUAUUUAAUCAAACUUUUAUUUUUUCUGAAUACUUUUUUCAUUUGUUUUUACUCUAGAACAUAAUCAAAACUGGAUAAUUUGAUAUUAAAUAAAAGCUAAAGUCUCACUGUGAUUAAAUGCAAUUAAUCACUAUUCCCAAACAUUAUGUGAAUCUUUCAGAGUCUGGAGUACCUCUAGAGUAGGAAACAUCCUGAGUAAAAUAUCUAAAACGGAAUGACAAACAUCUUUGAUGCCCACCUUGCAACAAAUUUCUUGAAUUUUUGGUCAUUCAUUAAUGUUGUCCUGGUUUGGAUGCCAUUUUUCUUUUCAGUGAUAAAGGUGUGUGAAGUAAAGAUGGACAAAAAGUGACUUAACACAGCAUCUAUGGUAUGGAACGCAUCAAUGCAUGCAAUUAAGUUCCUAGUUGUUAUGUGAGAUUAUAAUUGUGAUAGAUAGUUGUGUUUCAAAUAGUAAACUUGAAUUCAUUUAUUUUUGGAUUAUAUUUGUAGUUUUGUCUUGUUUUAUAAAUUUUAUAAAUAGGCUUCCUUUGAUUGUUUUUGGUAAAUUUUUUUGUUUCAUUUUAUU